AGCUUGGUGAAAUUUUGUGAAUUAUUGUGAAUCACUGUUAAAUUUAUCGAAUCUUUAUGAUUUUGUUUAUUUUCUAAAGUGUUUUAAAGUUCACUAAGCAAUUGUAUUCUUUAAAAGACUCGGAAAAGUGUACAAGUUAGGUUGAACUAUACCUACUAUGAGUAACUACGAGGAUGAUCAAAGUGAGGAUGGAGAAUUGGCACGUAGUCCUGCACAAGAUGAGUUGGAUUUUAGCCUGUCCGAUGAAGAUCGGGAUAAUGCAGAUUCCUUAGUAAUAAAACCACCACAGGCAAUUGUCAGGUCUCAUAGAGACAAAAGAGGUCACAAAAGAUCUCUCAAGGAUAGAUACAAGGAAACCGUCAGAAAAGAAAAAAAACAUCUGUACAGGGAACGCGAUAAGCCAGAAAAAAAUAAAGGCGAACUUAAAAACCUCGAAAGAGAGGAAAUGUCCAAAGAGUACUAUAGGGAAAAACAAUACUAUAGAGAAAAGGAGGCAUACAGGGAAAAAGAAAUACGAGAAAAAGAACUCCGUGAAAAAGAAAUGUAUAGGGAAAGGGAGGUUAGAGAGAAAGACAUGUACAGGGAAAAGGAAUUGUACCGUGAAAAGGAUCCGUACAGAGAGAGAGAACAUUAUAGAGAAAGGGAAGUCUAUAGAGAUCCACAGUACAGAGAAUCUGCUAGACCAAAGGAAGCUUAUAGAGAAAAGGAGGUUUACAAAGAAAAAGAGAUGCAGAGAAAUAGAGAAAUGUAUGUAAAUCGUGAUAGGCAAUUUAAGUAUUCCGAAGCAGAUCGGAAAAAUUUAGAAAAUGAUAGAAUUGAGUCUAGGUUAAGGGUGUUGGCUGAUGACAGCAAAACGACACAAAACAAUGAAAAAGAAAACAGGGAGAGGAGUUCAGGUGAUAAGGAAUUAGAAGAUUUAAGAAGUAGGUUGCUAAGUAAAAGAAUAACUAAACAAUUACAAACACAAGACAAAAAAAGUGUGAAUUAUGAAAAGGAUUCAUCCAAAACUGAAAGGCAGUCAUCCUUGGACAAACACCAACAAGAAAGAAGAAAGAGGCUACUAGAAGCUGAAAGAGAAAUGGUGAAAAGGAAGCAUGAGUCCCGAGGUGAACUGGAAGCAAGAAGAGAAGAGCGUAGACGCCGUGGCAAAAAACGUUCAGUGUCUCCUGAUGAGGGUGCAAACAAAAAGAACAAAACCAAUCACUCGCCCAGCUAUGGAGACUCGGUUGUUACAGUUUCAGAUGCUAGUGACGUUGAAAUGAAAAGCACAUCACCACAUUCUGAGCCUGAGGAAGGUGAACAUUCCAAUACGGAUACAGAAGAAAGUUCUGAAACAGCUUCAGAUUCUGAAGCUGAGUCAAAAUCUGAUGAUAAUGGAGAUGAAAAAUCUGACAAGGAAGAUGAAGAAGAUAAAGAGGACUUUGAUAAACCCAAAUCAAGACAGACCUCAAAAUCACCAUCACCAAAAUCGCUACAACGUAGCCCAUCAUCUGAAAGAUCAAAUAGGUCUCGAUCACGAUCCAAAAGUAGAAGCCGGUCACAUUCAUUUUCACCGCCAUUGCCUGACGAAAAUGGAAAAGUCGCCUCUGAAGAGGAAAAACCUGUGGAGGACGACGAGAGUAUAAAAUCAAAGGAAGCAGCAUUGAAUGCUUUACCGCCAUAUUACCCAGCAUUACAGGGUUGUCGAUCUGUAGAGGAGUUUCAGUGCCUUAAUAGAAUUGAAGAAGGCACCUACGGAGUUGUGUAUAGAGCACGAGAUAAAACUACAGAUGAAAUUGUUGCUCUGAAACGACUCAAAAUGGAAAAGGAAAAGGAAGGAUUUCCUAUUACCUCGUUGAGGGAAAUCAACACAUUGCUUAAGGGUCAACACCCGAACAUAGUGACGGUGAGAGAGAUCGUGGUGGGCUCCAACAUGGACAAGAUAUUCAUCGUCAUGGACUACGUCGAACACGACCUCAAGAGCCUGAUGGAGACCAUGAGAGGAAAGAAACAGGUCUUCUUACCUGGUGAAGUGAAGUGUCUGAUGACCCAGCUGCUGAACGCCGUCCAUCAUUUGCACGACAACUGGAUCCUGCACCGGGACCUCAAAACUAGUAAUUUACUGCUAUCACAUAAGGGAGUGUUGAAGGUGGGUGACUUCGGUCUGGCUCGCGAGUACGGUUCGCCGCUGCGGCAGUACACGCCGAUAGUGGUGACGCUGUGGUACCGCGCGCCGGAGCUGCUGCUGUGCUGCAAGGAGUACUCCACACCCAUCGACAUGUGGAGCGUAGGCUGUAUAUUCGCCGAGUUCGUCACCAUGAACCCGCUCUUUCCCGGCAAGUCGGAGGUCGACCAGUUGAAUAGGAUUUUCAAGGACUUGGGUUCGCCGUCGGAGCUGCUAUGGCCGGGGUACAAGGAGCUGCCGGCGGUACAGAAGAUGACGUUCGCGGAGCACCCGGCCGGGGGGUUGCGGCAGCGCGUCGGCGCCGACCUGCUGUCCGAAACCGGGUUGGGGCUGCUCCAGGGCUUACUCACCUACAACCCCGCGAGACGACUCACCGCCGAAGCGGCUCUCGACCACGAAUACUUUAAGGAGCAUCCGGUGGCGAUAGAUCCUGCCAUGUUCCCAACGUGGCCGGCGAAGUCGGAGGGCAAUAAGCGUAGCACACACAGCCCCCGUCCGCCCGCCGGCGGCGCCGCGUACGCACAGUUUGCGCGCGCGGACGCCGAAGAUGCGCGCGCGUUCAAGGUCACCGCGCGCUCGCUCAACGUCGCGCCCGGCUUCUCGCUCAAGUUCUGAGGCAAGAGAGCUUCUACUACUUAUUGUGACUCGUUCAGAUGAGGAAAUCCAAGGACGCUCAUCUUUCUUGAUCAAUUUAUUAUAUAUAAUAUAGUUAUAGAAGAUGAUUUUCUGCGGCAGUUUAAAUUGUCUAAUUUGAACGUGUUACACUAAUUUUGUAGUUUUGAGUAGUGUAAUUUAUGCUUUAAAUUUAAAUACACGAAUCUAAUGCGACUUGUCCACACUUUCUGUGGCCUAACCCCAUAGGGAGUUUUGGCGAGUCGCCAUUAAAAACAGCGAUUUUAUAAUAAAAUAGUACAAGCGAUACGCACUGUCACUGUUAUUAAAAUGCUCUUUAAUGUAAAUAAGAUUGUAAAAAAGUUACUUCAAAAAUACAAAAAGAUCAACGCAAUUAUGGGUAAUUUAUAUUUUGUAAACAGUCAGAUUUCUUGCAACUGAACUUGUAGUAAUAAUAAUAAAAAACUUACACAAAAUUUAACAUAUAACUUAUUCCUAAAGUCUAAUUUCAUGUUAUGUGGCACAUAGUGUAGCCUACAUGUUGCGUUAAGAAUAUAGUAUUUUACCUUCCAAUAAAAUACAUAUUAUGUUUUCAA